UAAACCCAGCGCGACUGGUCUCAGUUCUCUCUGUGGACCAUGGAGCCUUAUGUGCGUUGUCUCUUUUUGUUGGGGACCUUGGCCCUGAAGGAGACCUGGGCAGGCUCUCACUCCAUGAGGUACUUCGAUGCCGCCAUGGCCUCCCCUGAGCUCGAGGAGCCGCGGUUCCUCACCGUGGGCUACGUGGACGAUCAGCAGUUCAUGCGCUUCGACAGCGCCAGCGCGAGUCCGAGGGAGGAGCCGCGGGCGGCGUGGAUGGAGCGGGUGGAGCAGGAGGAGCCGGGCUACUGGGAGCAGGAGACGGGGAAGCAUAAGGCGAACGCACAGACUACCCGAGUGAACCUGCAGACUGCUCUCGGCUACUUCAACCAGAGCGAGGGCGGGGUCCACACCAUCCAGCGCAUGUACGGCUGCGAGGUCUCCCCCGAGCUCACCUUCAAGCGCGGGUUUGAACAACACGCCUACGACGGUCAAGACUACAUUGCCCUGGACAUGGAGACCUCCACGUGGACGGCGGCGGUGCCGCAGGCUCUGAACACCAAGCGCAAGUGGGAGGCAGAAAAGAGCAUCGCGGAGGGAGUUAAAGCCUACCUGGAGGAGACGUGCGUGCUGUGGCUGAAGAAGUACCUGGAGAUGGGGAAGGAGACGCUGAAGAGGACAGACCCGCCCUCCGCCCAAGUGACCCGCCACACUGCCCCCCAAGGGGAGGUGACCCUGCGGUGCCGGGCCCAGGAUUUCUACCCCGAGGACAUCUCCCUGACGUGGCUGAGGAAUGGGGAGGAGCAGCUCCAGGACACGGAGUUCAUUGAGACCAGGCCCGCGGGGGACGGGACCUUCCAGAAAUGGGCAGGUGUGGAUGUGACCUCGGGCCAGGAAGGGAAAUAUACCUGCCGAGUUCAGCACGAAGGACUGCCUGAGCCCCUCACCCUGAAGUGGGAGCCAGAGUCCUCCUCCACCUGGUACAUUGUGGGGGUCCUUCUCCUCACCAUUGCAGUCGUCGCUGGAUUUGUGAUCUGGAGAAACACUUCAGGUGGAAAAGGAGGGGACUAUGUUCAGGCUGCAGGCAAUGACAGUGCACAGGGGUCAGAUGUCUCUCUCACAGCCAAAGCUUGAGAGAAUUGCCUGGUGUGGGCCUGAGGAAGAAAACGAGUCUCCAGUCCCUGUGUUGUUCCUGUGGACCCCUGGCUUCUCUCCCCAGUGCUGGCCCAAGCCCAGGGAAGCAUCGUUAGGCCCUCACCCUGUUCUCUAAGGCCCCCUUCCCCCACCUUCUUUCUUUCUGCCUGUCUCACUCUGCAGGGAGACAACCAGCAGUGAGGGCCAGAGCGCUCUGGGAAUGAGCCCUUCUUCACAUUUGACGAUGCAGUGACCUCUGGGAGCUUUGUCUGACUGCACGCAACCUGAUGAAUUGUUGUUCUUGAGUCCUCAGCUUUUCUCCACAAUCUCCAUCUGCGUGGGGGUCUUUGGGGGACAGGAUGACAAUGUGGAGAUGUUACGGCUGUAUGAAAGGGAAAUAAAGCUGGGAGACGCCUGGGAA